GGACGCCCUCGUCACCAGCGCAGUGAACUGCCUCACCAGCUUCCUCUCGGGCUUCGUCAUCUUCACCGUGCUGGGCUAUAUGGCCGAGAUGAGGGACGUGGAGGUGGAGGAUGUCGCAAGAGAUAAAGGGCCGAGCCUCCUCUUCAUCACCUACCCCGAAGCAAUCGCCAACAUGGUGGGAUCCACCUUCUUCGCCAUCAUAUUCUUCCUGAUGAUGAUAACGCUGGGGCUGGACAGCACGUUUGGGGGCUUGGAGGCCGUGAUCACGGCCGUGAUGGACGAGUACCCCCAGGUCCUGGCCGGGCGACGGGAGCUCUUCGUCCUCGGCCUCAUCACGGUCUGUUUCCUGGGCUCCCUGAGCACCCUCACCCACGGGGGAGCCUAUGUGGUGAAGCUACUGGAGGAGUUUGGUGCUGGCUGCUCCAUCCUGGCAGUGGUGCUGCUGGAAACGAUAGCUGUCUCCUGGUUUUACGGGAUACAGAGGUUCUCCCAUGACGUGAAAGCCAUGCUGGGCUUCACCCCGGGGAUGUUCUGGAAGGUGUGCUGGGUGGCCAUCAGCCCCGCCUUGUUAGCGUUCAUAGUCAUCAGCUCCCUCCUGGACCCGCCACCUCUGAUGCUCUUUGACUACCAGUACCCCGAAUGGAGCAUCUCAGUGGGGUACCUCAUAGGAGCUUCCUCCUUCAUCUGCGUCCCCUUCUACAUGGUGUACAAGCUCGUCUGGACGCCAGGGUCUCUCAAGCAG